UAAUAAACAUGUCAAAUUAAAAAAUAUUUCAGGAAUGUGAAGAAUUUAUAACGAUUUUAUUAUUUGUUCUCAAUGUGAAACCAAUACAUUAUUUUUUCCACAAUUAAAUUUAAAUAUCACAUUCUAAUAUGGGAAGAAAAUUUUCUACGGAAGAUUUGCAGGAAAAAAUGCUGCAAGAUUACAUGUGCGUAGCUCAAAAGAAUCCUAAGGUUAAAAAGAAACUCGAAGUCCUGACUACCUCCCAGACCAACCUGGACACGGAAAUGGAAUACAGCAGCGCUUCCAACUCAGUCGACAAUUUGACUCCCAGCAUGAACUCAGCCCAUUCAUCAGUGUCCAACAUUUCCCGACAAUUAAUAGAUCCAGAAUGGUUAAAAGAGGACGUCAUGCAUUGCAAGUGCAGGAUAGAGACUCUGAAGCAAGAGCUUAACAAGGGACUUAAUAAUUACCCCUUUUCCGCUACCAAUCAGGUCAAUAAUCACCACCUACCUCCCUCCCUCCUUCCUCAACCCCCUCGCAACCAUAAUUUGGUCCCUAACGUUGGUCUGUGCUAUUCGGAACUCUUCAUAGCUCCGGCUUCCGCUAAUAACUAUCCCCUGCCCGUAAUACCGGCCAAAAUGUUCAACAGCGAUCCUCUUUUGCAGGGUAAAAGCUUGGACCACUUAUACCCGGGCCAAGAUAACAACUACUUUUACUACUACAACAAUCAUAAUCACCCUCACGAUUCGAAUUAUGGGAAUCUGGCCGAUUCCUACGUUCACUCCGAUAUAAACAGCAAUAACGCGCCUUCUCAAAACGGGCAAAAUAUGGGUUACUUAGGCCUUAGCGGCGGUAAUGUCAGUGCCUUUUCCGAUCUUAGCCGUGAUCCCGACGGUUUAUCUCGCAACCACUCUUUCAAUCACGGAGGAAUAUCGGAGGGGGGCGAGAUCUAUUUUAGCGCCUAUAACAAUUCUUCCCUUUCUAAGGUCAAUAAUCAAUUGAAGGAACAUGACGGACAAGUCGGCAGGUCUUAUAAUAAUGCCAAUGAUAUGACAUGCGGGCGACAGUCAUCAUACCCAGAAACCAAUUUUCCAGUACAUCACCAAAUCAGCUGUGGCAGGAAUCUCAGCGAAACUUCGCUCUUGCAGAUAAUGUAUCUGAACGAACGUGAAAAACUGGAAAAAUUGAAAUCUCACUUGAGCCUGUUGGAAACCGUUUCCCAGCCGGAAUUCUCUAAUAAUGACGAUAAAGACAGAAUCUUGCAAAUGCAACAAAAGGACAACCUUUUAAAACGAUAUAAGCGCAUCGCCAAAGACGUCAUUUGCGGCGAAGAGAUCAACGUCCUCAAUCAAAAUAUAGCUAGCCUCGAAAAGGACCUUCAAACGGCGUUACGGUUUUCGAAUCAAACAAUAUCCGAAAGGAUAAAGUUGCAGAGCGAAAAGAACAAUAUUCAGAGGCAGUUACAAACGUCUAUGGAAGAAUUGGCCAAAAUUGAGGAAAGAUUGAAAGAAAAGAAUGGCUGCGAAGAGAAUCCUAGAUUAGGCAAUAGCAAUUCAUCACUAGAAUCAGCCCCUUACAAAGAACUCGAUGACGCUGUGAACGGGUCUUUGCCUCCUUGUUCCUCAGCCUCUUCCGCUCAACCUUCACCGCCACCAAUCUCCCCACUUAAUGCCUCCUUUACUUCCAACGAAGAAAUAUAUCUUGGUUUGCUGCACAAAGAAAGGCAGCUCCAAUACAUUUAUCAAAAGAUCGUCCAAUCAAAAGCAAAUAAGCCUGCGGUAGGCGAGCAUUGCAACGACGAAGUUCAUAGCAUCUGCAAGGUUCUCAAUACUGAAAUGAGUCCCACCUUGGUAGGAAAAUGCGUUCAUAUAUCUACGACGCCUACUAAGGUAUUUAAGAGGGAGGAUACCUUGACGGAAAAUAAAGAGGAAUCUAUAAUCAAUACUCCUAUCAUGGUUAAUCAAGUCCACCUACCUACAAGCAACCCAUCAUCGCAUGCCAUAUCACCAGAUCCUCAAAAAAAUGACAUACUUGACUCUCAACCCUCUCUUACUCCUGGUGAUAUAAAUUCAAGCACUCUGGACGAAGGCAUUAACCAGAAUUCACAGAAUGCCGUCUCUUCCUUUAACGGUUACUCCAUGCGGGAUACUAAAACAAGAACCGUUGUUUUAUCUACAAUAGAAAACCGCGCUACCAGCAGGGAAUCAACUCCCAUCUUCAAAAAACUGCCUAACAAUAUUUCAAAGUCAAAAACAAUCACCGAAUGUUACGCGUUCGUAUGAAUAUUCGAAACUCCAUUAUAGCUUAAGUUGGUUACCAUAAUACUUAUUUAUAGAGGUGGGACUCGUUUAGCUACCUUCUUAGUCGUGUUAAUUAUCACUUAUCUUCCAGCCACUGUAUUUCAUUCGCUAUGCAUUUAUGAU